UUCAUAUCCACACAAAUUCUACUCCAAUUAAAUCCCAACAAAAUGUCAUCUUUUUCCCACCUACACUUUCUUAAUUACUCCAUCAAUGGCUACUCUUUCAGCACUCCCACGAAUCUCAUCUUUUUCUCUUUCAAAUCACCCGGAUUCAAGAUUUUUCACCCGAAAAAACCCACCAAAAUUACUCAAUAUUUUUGCUCAAAAUUUACAUAAUAGACACAAUGUCACUAAAUCUUGGACACCCUUUUCAGUUAUUGACUCUAAUUCCAAGUUCUUGCAGGUGGGUCAUUCGGCCCGGCCUGUUUUAGUGAAGUCUUCUGACAAUGGUACAAGUGCGACCUCCAAUGGGCUUCAAAGUGUGGUUGGAGUACUACAUUUGGUGGUGUCACUUGGGAUUAUACUUGCAAUGGACAAGUACUUGAAACAGGCUUUUGUUGCUGCUGCUAUCAAAUUUCCUAGUGCAUUGUUUGGGAUGUUUUGUAUAUUUUCUGUACUAGUGAUUCUUGAUCUGACAAGCCCGGGCUUGGCGAAUGGAUUGAUGGAGUUUUUCGAGCCUGCACUUUUGUUUAUUCAGAGGUGGCUUCCUUUGUUUUAUGUUCCUUCUUUGGUGGUUUUGCCUAUUGCUGUUCAAGAUAUUCCUGCAGCUUCAGGACUAAAAAUCGCCUUUAUUAUAGUUGGAGGUUGGCUAGCUUCACUCGCAGUUGCAGGUUACACAGCUAUAUCUGUAAGAAAGAUGGUUAAAACAGAAAUGAUACCUGCUGAGCCCAUGUCAAAGCCUUCUCCAUUUUCUACGAUAGAAUUGUGGGCUUGGAGUGGGAUCUUUGUUGCAUCAUUUGCAGGGGCCUAUUUAUACCCAACACUACUUGGAACGCCUGCUAGAACUUGCUUACCGUUUCUUCUUGCAUCUACAGUGUUGGGCUAUAUAAUUGGUUCUGGGCUACCAUCUGGUGCGAAGAAGGUUCUCCAUCCUAUUGUUUGUUGCGCUUUAUCUGCUGACCUUGCUGCAUAUGCCUUUGGGUAUCUUUCCAAGUCUGGAAUAUAUCCUAUUCUGGGGCAUUACCUUACCAAAGUCUCAUCAAAUCCUGGAGCUGGUGAUAUUCUAAUGGGAUUUUUGGGAUCUGUUAUUCUUUCAUUUGCCUUCUCCAUGUUCAAACAGAGGAAGCUUGUCAAGAGACAUGCAGCUGAGAUUUUCACGUCUGUUAUCAUUGCAACUCUGUUUUCAUUGUAUUCCACCGCAUUUAUGGGCCGUCUUGUUGGACUAGAACCAUCUUUGACUAUUUCAGUUCUGCCCAGAUGUAUAACUGUGGCACUAGCACUCAGUAUCGUUUCAUUGUUUGAAGGUGCCAACUCAUCCCUCACUGCUGCGGUUGUUGUAGUAACUGGUUUGGUAGGAGCUAAUUUUGUACAGGUGAUGCUUGACAAAUUCCGGUUUGAUGAUCCCAUUGCUCGUGGAAUUGCAACUGCAUCUAGUGCCCAUGGACUGGGAACAGCAGCAUUGUCAGCUAAGGAACCCGAGGCUCUCCCGUUUUGUGCCAUUGCUUAUGCUCUUACCGGUAUAUUUGGUUCCAUCUUUUGCUCAAUUCCAGUAAUCAGGCAAAGCCUGCUUGCAAUAGUUGGCUAAGAGAUCAGCACUCUGACUGAAUACUGCAUCCGUAUUACUGCAAUUCAAUUCGAAUGCCACGAUAUUCCAUGAUUUAUUUCGAUUAGUAUGAGACCGGCAGCCACUGAUCACCUUCAUAUGACCAGUUGCAGAAUGGUGUACAUAACUGGAAAUGCUGAUUGUUUUCACUAUUAACUUAUAUCUACUUGAAUAUAUAUGUAGAUAUAUGUUUUCACAUACAUAUGUUCUAUGUUCUGUUCUACUUGUAUGUCAA